AUGUGCCGUUUUCUUAUCUACAAGGGCCGGAAUGAGAUUCGUCUCAGCAAGCUCGUCACAGAGCCCAGUCAUUCAAUCCUCACUCAGUCUUACGACUCGCGCCUAAGAUUGGAUAAUCGUCGCCCUGUAAAUGGCGAUGGCUUUGGAGUAGGCUUCUAUACGGACCCCAAGCUAGGUCCAGAGCCUUGCAUCUUUACAUCAACACUGCCGGCCUGGAAUUGCGAGAACCUGGAACGUCUCGCGUCCAAGACCUGCUCGAAUCUCAUCUUUGCCCAUGUCCGCGCCACCACGGAGGGUGCUCUUGCGGACAACAACUGCCAUCCAUUCCAACACAAUACCCUCAUGUGGAUGCACAAUGGCAACAUCGGCGGAUGGAACUACAUCAAGCGCACGUUGGGCGAGUCCCUCGCUGACAAGUGGUACCUGGGCGUCAAGGGCGGCACUGACAGCGAAUGGGCCUUUGCGCUAUUCCUUGAUCUUCUUGAAAAGGAAGGCGUCAAUCCGAGCUCUGACCCCGGGCCCGAGGGCUUCGGACAGGCGCUUCUGCGCCGAGUGAUGAUGAAGACGAUUGCUCGGAUCAAUGAGCUCGUGCGCGAGGUUCCAGCUAAGCACAAUGUCGCCGUUGAGACGCGUAGUCUGCUCAAUUUUGCGGUGACGGAUGGACACACUGUUGUUUGCACGAGGUAUAUCAGCAGCAAGACGGACGAGCCGGCCAGCCUGUACUUCUCCUCUGGGACUAAGUGGAAGGAAGGGAAGACUAAGGGUCACUUCAAGAUGGAGCGUCAUGAUAAAGGCGCCGAUAUUGUGCUGGUGGCUAGUGAGCCGAUUACUUUUGAACGACACAACUGGGUCUCGGUGCCGACCAAUUCUGUGGUGACAAUCCACAAGCAGACUGUACUGUUGCACCCAAUUAUGGACGAGUUCUACGGGGAAGACCUCAACCACGACCGCUCCUCUUGCUAUGCAGUCUCCAAGGGCUUGGUCAGCACCGCGCCAGGUACAACCGUACCCCCACAGAAUGCAGCCGACAAAUGCUCGUCCUCCGCGAGCAACGGGCCUGGCCUGGAUGAUCCCCGGCUUGGACAUGCUGGCAGAUGUGCGGCAACGCAUUAA